AUUCCUACGAAGUCAGGGAGGUUUAGGAGUUGGCUGGCUCCGGGAGUUUUUGCAUUAUUCAUAGGAGACAGCAUUUUUAGUUUUCGUGUUUUGCAUGUUUGCCUAGAUUCUGGAAAUCAAUAUUUGCUGCUCUCGCUAAAAAAGGGAUUAUAGGUGGUGGAUUCCAGGUGCCUAGAUGUCGCACACACAUAUUAGAGGAGGCUUUGCCACUUUCUAGAUGGCUCCCGAUUAAAUGUUUGCAGACGCCGCUGUAUGAAUAUGUCUGUGAAGGUUUCUCAGCUGUUACGUGAAGUCGUGCGCGUUUCUCCUUCUGUUCUGUUUCCCACCAGCAGCUUCCAGCGGUGAGGGUUGGAGACAAGUGAUGCUGGGGGGCGCAGAGCGCAGAGCAAGCGCGGUGGACGAGCGGCGAGCGGGAGCGCGCAUAUAGGAAGGAAGGGAAGGAAGGAGCUGAGGCAGAUCAGUCGCCAGCGGAGCUCAAGACGGCGGAUGAACGGAGCCGAGCGUGUGUGUCGCCCUUGUCGAUUUUUUGCAGCAGCCGAAAGCAGCGUCCGGCGGCGCGAGACGUGCCCGAAAAUGAUGCUCCAACUCGUCCAUCUCCUCGGGGUGCUCGUCUGCGGCAGUCAAGCCGCGCUGCAGGUGUCCAUAUCCUUGAACAAAGUGGAGUUAAGUGUUGGAGAGUCCAAGUUCUUCAUCUGCACAGCUAUCGGUGAGCCAGUCAGUCUGGACUGGUACAACCCCCAGGGCGAGCGCAUCACGCCCUCCAAGCGGAUGGCGCUCCACUCAGAAUCGACACGGUCCAGGCUCAUCAUCUACAACGCCAUCAUCGAGGACGCGGGUAUCUACCGCUGCCAGGCCGCCGACGCCACCGGCCACACCGUGGAGGCGACGGUCGUGCUGGAGAUCUACCAGAGGCUGACGUUCCGGGACGUUCAGUCGCCGCAGGAGUUCCGCCACGGUGACACGGCGGAGGUGGUGUGCGAUGUCAUUAGUUCGCCGGUGCCCGUGGUGGUGUGGUACUACCAGGACAAAGAGAUUACAGAGGAGCACCACAGCAGGUUCCAGGUGUUGGCAAACAACAAUCUGCAGAUCCACCAGGUGACCAAGGCCGACGAGGGCGUGUACCGCUGCGAGGCCAGCGUGGAGGCCCGCGGAGAGAUCGACUUUGUGGACAUCGCCGUGGUGGUAAAUGUCCCUCCGGUGUUGUCGGUGUUCCAGCAGUCCUUCAACGCCACGGCCGACUACCAGGAAUCAGUCACCUUCACCUGCAUCACCUCUGGAUCUCCUGACCCCGUGGUCACAUGGCACAGGAAAGGGCAGCAGCUGCAGCCGUCGGAGCAGUACAUCAUCAACAGGGUGGACGGCGGCCGCAGCAUGCUGACCAUCCGCAACAUCCGGCAGGCCGACGGAGGAACGUACUCCUGCAAGGCCACCAACAAGGCGGGAUCUCAGGAAAGAGAGCUCUUCCUCAAAGUGUUCGUCCAGCCCCACAUCACCCAGCUGAAGAACGUGACAGCCGUAGAGGGCAGCGCCGCCAUGAUCUCCUGCGUGGCCGAGGGCGAGCCUCUGCCUGACAUUUCCUGGAGGAGAGCCAGAGACGGCCAGGCCUUCGUGGACGGAGACAAGAGCCAAGACGGGCGGUUUGAAGUCCGAGGUCGUCACGGCAAGUCUGUGCUGACCAUCAGCGGCGUGAGGCUCGCCGACCUGGGUCGAUUUGACUGCGAGGCGCUCAGCAGGAUCGGAGGCCAUCAGAAGAGCAUGUUCCUGGACAUUGAGUAUAUACCAAAGUUCCUGACCAACCACACCAUUUAUUAUUCAUGGGAGGGGAAUCCAGUGAACAUAAGCUGCGAUGUGAUGUCCAACCCGACUGCCACCAUGCUGUGGAGGAGAGAGCGGCUCACCAUCUCACCGGAGGGAACCCCCAAUAUACGGGUGCACAGUGCGCAGGGCAAGUCUGUGCUGGAGGUGACUCCUAUGUCCGACAGAGAUUUUGGCCGCUACAACUGCACCGCCAGGAACAACAUCGGAGUUCGAUACCAGGAGUUCAUCCUGGCCCAGGCAGACGUACCAUCGAAUCCGUACUCGGUUCGCCUGUCGGCCGUCUCCCAGCGCCUGGCGACCGUCACGUUCAUGAAGCCGGACUCUCACGGCGGCGUCCCCAUCAGCUACUACCUGGUCCAGUACAAGGAGGUGGGCUCACAGGACUGGAGGGACGUCAAGUCACACAGCGUCCAGACCACAGUGGUGCUGACCGGACUGGAGCCCAACACGACGUACGAGGUUCGAGUGGCAGCCGUCAACGGAAAGGGCCAGGGCGAGUUCAGCCACACGGAGUCCUUCCAGACUCUACCGAUCCGUGAGCCAAGUCCGCCGGCCGUCCACGGGCAGAGAGGGAUGGGCAAGGCGUACCGGCUGGGGCUGGUCAAGCAGGACGACGGAGGGAUGCCCAUCGUGGAGUACAUCGUCAAGUACAAGACUGUGAGUAGGCCAAAGAACGGCCAGAGUCAAGUCCAGGAUAAAGAAGAGCAGUGGAUGACCAAGCUGGUUCCAGGGGCGAACGACUUCGCCAUGCUGCAGCCGCUGCAGUGGAACACGAGAUACGAGGUGGAAAUCACAGCGCGCAACGUCAAAGGCCUGUCAGAGCCCACCUUCUAUCAGUUCUUCAUGCCACAGAAACCCGACAUUACAGCAGAAUCCCUGUUCAGCGGCCUGGGCCUGGGGGCGGUGGUGGGCCUCGGCCUCGGAGCGCUGCUGCUGCUCCUCGUGCUCGUGGACGUCAGCUGCUUCUUCCUGCGUCACUGCGGCCUGCUGAUGUGCAUCACGCGCACGCUCUGCAGCAAGAAGACGGCCACCAGCGGCAAGGGCAAAGAGAUAGAGGAGGGCAAGGCCGCCUACCUGAAGCUACCGCUGAAGGAGGAAAAUGGAAAAGAGUCUCUCAAGCCGGAUACGAUUGAAAUCAAGGUGCACGGCGACAACAGCAUCCACACAAAGCCCGACGACAGCAAGGCGUAAAAAGGGGCGGCCCCCUCGCCACCAAAAGAACAUUCGGAUCACGAGACCAAAACCCAGAGUAACUACAGCACUGGAAAAUAGUGGAGUAAAAUACCAUAUCUGUUUAUAACAAUGCCCCAGAGAAAGGCAUGUGUAAAUACAAAUAAUAGAGAGAAAAUAGAAAGGAAGAAAGGGUUUUCCACACCCUGAGCGAUUUAAUGUAUCAUGUUCUUGCAAACAUGGCGUCAGCGGAAGGCUCUUCAGUGAUUGUAUGUUAUUUUUUAUUUUAUUUUUUUUGCCUCACUUAUCUUUUCUUUUGUUAUUCCUCCGUUUAUGCUGUUUCCCACCGUUCCCACAUGAGGUUUUCACGCACUUAAACGAGCUCCCCCCCUCCGACCCCAACGGCGUAAGCUGGUAUGUGCCGUUUGCACCACGAACGCACCGGGCCGACCCUCGCUGCCGCAGGACGACGCGCAGACUCAAGCCUGCGCCCACCGCUCCUGAUGCCUUUAACAGCCAAGCCACGCGUCUAGCCGAUAGGUGGCAAAAAGCAUCGUUUUUCGGAGCUAGCAGGCUCCAGCAGCUAAAGCUAAACCAGCCCCAAUACGAUCUGAGGCUUCGUGCUUCACGGAAAUGUGACAAAAAAGGUUCUCAUGAGAGUAUUAAAGAAUCUGGACUUCACCUUUCACAUGUUUUCUGAAGGGUUUUUGUGGAUCAUAGUUUGCGUUGCUGGAACUUCCAAAAAUCUCAAAGAAAAGAAAAAAAAAAGAAGAAAGAACGUGUGUCAGUCUAUGAAAUGUUAAAACCACACAUGCGCAUCGAUGUCAUUGUUAGCCUCCGUAUCGUUGACACGCUCCAACCAUCCCCCCCUUCUGACAAUGUGCGGAUUAGUACGUUUUAUUGGUUUUCGAAGUGUAUGCCGUAAUGUUGAGUGCGCCGUGAGCCAAUUUAACCCUUUGGUACUCAAUGAGUAAUGAAAACAAAAAAAAAAAUGAUGUGUUGAAAGGCUUCCCCCGUCUGCGUGGCAGCGUUCAAGGCGCGGGAGCAAACGUGUUAAUGGUGAAUUUUCAGUCCUUCCUCAGAUGCACUUUUUUUUAAAAAACAAAAAACAAAAAAACUUUCUGUUCCUCGGUCUGAUCGCUAUUCUCUCUGAUGUUGUCAUGUGUUGUACAUAGGUGGAAAAAAAGAACAAAAAAGAGUAUUUUACAAAGCUUUUAUGUAAAUAUGCCCUAAAGGAUGUGUUGUUUUCUUUUUCGAAAUGCGAAAGGCUUGGCUUUUUUUAUUAUAUUUUUUUUUUCAGAUGAUGAUUUUCGUUCUUCUUCUUUUUUUCUUUUUUUUUUUUCUGUUGUGUUUUGGUCCAAAGUUCAGUGAUGGUGUAAUAUUGCUUUUCCUAGUCAUUUGCUUUCCCUUAAGAAAACCCCACGCCCUAAGGCUAUUUCACAGCAUUUCCAAGGAGGCAGUAAUUACGGCAUUAGUGCCUUUUUCUUUUUUUGUCCGUUUGCUCCCCUCUCAUGGCUCGAUGCCUCUGCAGCACUGUAAACUGUCAAAUGGAUAUAUAUACAGUAUAUAUAUAUAUAUUUUUUUUUGUUUGUUUUUUUAACUUUUGCCACAGAUUAUGUCCGGGUUUUGUAUGCGUGAUGCUGUGAAUUCUGGGAAACGUAGUCUUUUGAGGGGGUUGUGGAUUUUAGUCGACGACACUGGACGGAUGCAACUGGUCGAUGCUUGACGGGCUGCAGGAGUCUGGUCUGAAUGGCAUGUAAUGCAUCAUCACGUGUGUGUGUUUAUGUGUGUGUGUGUGUGUGUGUCUGUGUGUGCAUACAUGCAGCGGGUGAGUACGCUUGUCCACAUGAAUCAGGUAGCAUGUAUGUCUGCUGAAUGUAUCUGCACGUACUGUAAGGCCGCCUGUUUGCGAGAGUGUGCCCAUUUUGAUUUUUAAAAACAGGAAUCCUAAAUUAAAGACCGCUCUGCUACUCUGGCUUUUAUUUUUUUUUAAUUAUUAUCAUUUUGUGUUAUUUAUUUGUUAAUUUUUGGCUCUGCAAGUAGUCACGCAGGUGAUGAUGACCACAUGCCAUGUGUGACUGUUCCGACGGGUAGAAUCUGAUUAUGUAGUUUCCCGACGGCUGCAGCACUCCACCACGUGUCUGCGAGCCCCCCGCCCUCCCUCCCUCGCCCCUUAGCGCCUCUCAGCCUCCGCUGGUUUUCAUCUCAGACCUCGUGCCACUGGCUUUGUUUUCUCACCGCGAGCCCUUGUACCCGCCUAUCUCAAAUGGAUGGUCCUGCCAUGGAGUGGUUCCGCUGUUACGAUCACUGUAAAUAUGGGAGCACAGUGCCUGGAGGCUAUACGAUUUGUACAUGUUCUUUUGUAUUUGAAUAUGAGUCUCAAUCUCCCCCGUUUCCUCUCCUCCCCCUCCCUCCCUCCCUCCCUCCCUACUUCCCUCCCCCCUCCCUCUCUGUCUCCUCCACCAUGCCUCGGUCCUUUUUUCUGUAAGGGGGUAAAACAGGUGUGUUUGAGCUCAGUGUACAGUAUGUGUCCUCUUUGUCCCCAUGCUCCCCGUGUCCCCCUGGACUGUCCCCCGCUGAGUGUGCUUUGUGCAGGAGGUGGGAACUAUUGAUGUCUCUCUGUACGUACCUGUGGAACACUUGUGACUCCUAUCAUUUGCCGCUGUAAAUAAACAUGUCCUGGUAGAAGAGA